AUGUCUACUCUUCAUUUUAGUUCAAGUACGUUGGAAGAGGAUCUCUCUGCAGUGCGAACUUCAAGCCUGAUCAACUGCAUUCUUAAUGCCAUUUGUUCAUUCCCAGCAACGUUAGGAAACGGAGUCAUACUGAUCGCUGUUUGGCGGACGCCAGCUCUCCAUUCGCCUUCAAACACUUUGCUAUUUGGUCUUGCACUGACCGACUUCCUCGUUGGCAUACUGACUCAGCCCUUAAUAGUGGCCUGCUAUAUCAUCUUCCUUGUCGAAAAGGAAGAAGGUCCAAUCGCUCUCUCACUGGCGUUUGAUGUGCUUUCUGUUGUAUUAUCUGCGGCGUCUUUUACGAUAGCAACUGCUAUAAGUAUAGAUAGGUACCUGACGUUUCACCUGCAUAUGAGAUAUCAAGCCAUUGUCACUAACAAAAAAAUCGUGGUGAUCAUCGCUUUAUGUUGGUGUUCAUCCUCUCUUUUGGGAGUCAUUUGGACCCAAAAUACUACAGCUUAUUAUGUAAUUGGAAUAACAAUCUUCAUCAUCUCUAUUGUUAUUAUAGUUCUAACGUACUUUAAAAUCUAUCGCAUUGUGAGACGUCACCAGGCCCAAAUACAAUCUCAAGCUCCUGUUGGAAGCGCAAAAGAAACUUCAUCACAUUUGCAGUUCGCACGUUUCACAAAGUCAGCUGUGAAUACGUUUUACGUUUGCUUCAUUCUCUUCUUUUGCUUUUUCCCAUAUACUUGUACAACUGGCUUGAUUCAAGUGACAGGUUCAAGCCUCACCAAAAAUAUCGCACUGCAAUACACAGGAACCAUAUCGCUUAUAAACUCGUCGUUGAACCCAAUAGUCUACUUUUGGCGGCUUCCUGAAAUUCGUAAGGCGAUAAAGAAAACUUUAAAGUGUUGUUACCACAGACGUGUAAACAAGCGACAAGAAAGCAAACAGAGGAGUGACCAGGCUUCCAACAUAUAG